UAUAAGUGAGUUUAGCAUGCCCAAAGGGGGAGGAAAGGUGUUAAACCCAGGGAUCGUCUUCUCCCUCUUCUCUCCCCCCGUCCUCCUCCUGCGAACCCGGCGGCGUCAUCUGCUAACCCUCGCCAGGACGGCGGCGCUCCGUGCCACUUCUCGCCGACUUUUUUGGAAUCAGGCAAAGAUGACGAGCAAGCAGGAGCCCUGGACUCGACUUUCCCACAGUACGAAGUUACCAGGAUGGGUCGCGUACAAUCCAAGGACCAUGAGGCCUCCACCAUUGAGCGGCGACACCAAGCAAAUGAAGAUUCUAUCCUGGAAUGUCAAUGGGCUGAGAAAUAUUGUACAGUCAGGAGGUUUCUCUUCUGCAUUGGCUCAGAGGGAGAAUUUUGAUGUGUUGUGUCUUCAAGAGACACAUUUGAAGGAGGGUGAUGUUAAAGAUUUCAUGAACCUGAUACCUGGGUAUGAGUAUAAUUAUUGGUCAUGCAGUGUCGCGAGGCUUGACUAUUCAGGGACUGGAGUAAUUUCACGGGUAAAACCAAUCUCUGUCCAAUAUGGAAUUGGCAUAGCUGAACAUGAUCAGGAGGGCAGGGUUAUUACUUUGGAGUUUGAGAACUUUUACUUGGUGAAUGCUUAUGUCCCAAAUUCUGGCCGUGGUUUACGUAGACUGGUUUACAGGGUUGAUAGCUGGGAUCCAUCUUUCGCCGACUUUGUAGAAAAACUGGAAAGUUUCAAGCCAGUAAUUGUUUGUGGUGAUCUCAACUGUGCUCGUCAGAGUAUUGACAUUCACAAUCCUCCAGCCAAAACUGAAGAUGCAGGUUUCACAGAAGAAGAGAGGGAAUCAUUCCAGAUAAACUUUGAUAUGAGAGGCUUCGUUGAUACCUUCAGAAAGCAGCAUCCCAAGGCUGUGGGUUACACCUUCUGGGGUGAAAAUCAGCGGCGUAACAACAAAGGUUGGCGGCUGGAUUACUUUCUUGCGUCAGGAUCCAUCAUCGACAGGGUUCAUGAUUCGUACAUCCUCCCGGACGUGACAUCCAGCGACCACAGUCCAAUUGGCCUUGUGCUCAAGCUCUAGCCUCUAGGCACCCUCAGUUGCUGGGGAAAUGCUUCGUCAGGCUGAAUCGUUUGCAUAGUCAGUUUUUCCGUGGAUUUUUUCUACUUAAAGGAUCUACCUAGAGUAGUCUGUCAAUGUUCUGCAGAGGUCUUGCGUAUUUGUUAUCUUAAGGCCUGUUCGGAGGCCCUCUGCUCCUCGACUCUGCUCACGGAGCUGCCGGGACCGUAGUUGAAAAUUACGGAGCGGACGAAUCGGUACUCCGCAGAUCUUUCUAUUUUGCGGAGCUGGUCGAGUGCCGAACGGGUUCUUACUAUGUCAUGUGCUCAUUAAACUUUUGCAAUGUGAAUGGAUUCUAAACCGGAGCUUGCUUCUA